AUGGACGCAAAGAUGUCCUACAAUCAGCCCCAGAGACCUGCUCGCACCCUUCGCGGUCGAGUGGACGAGAACAUGAUAGCCUUCAACCGCGCUGGAAAAACCAUCCAUCACCGUAACAAAUCUUCGCCUGCCUUAUCGGCUCUGGCCAACAACCACAGCAUCAACAACAAGGAGCCUGCCAGACGUGCUGCCUUUGGAGACGUUAGCAACACCGUCAAUUCCCUUCGAUCUGCCAAGGAUGACUCUUCCCUACCUUCCAAGGAUAGCAUCAAAAUCACCGAGAAGCCAAUCUGUCUCACUCGCCCAGCUCAGCGCCCCAUUCACUCCAUCAGCACAAAGUCAGCAGUGAAUACUGUCAUUAACGUGGAUGCCGGUAUAAAGCCAGGCGCGGAGAAACCACAGGCUAAAAAGGUUCAGACCAAACGUGCCAAUGCCGUCUUCAAAGAUCCAAUUCUGCAGCCAGUCGUCGAGGAACCAUCCAGCAAGCAGCAACAGUCACAGCAACAGAAUCAACAGCAGGAAAAGACAUCAAACGCCCAGGCUUCCGUGAGUGAGGCAUCGUCGAAGCCUGCUGAAGCAUCCAAAGAGGUCGAAAAGACGGUCAAGGACGCGACAAAUGCUCCAAAAUCGGUCACUACAGAAUCUGCCCCUGCGCCGGUAACCAAAUUGGUACCUGCAGCUACCGCAAUUGCUGAAGAGCCCGCAACUAAAGAAGCUGUUGUCAAGGCAACCGUACAACCCGGACCAACCGGACCAAAUCACAGCGGAAAGGACGCCAGCGAGAUGGCAAAGCCUAAGGCUACCAGGGUAUCCAGUGAUAGUGUCAGGGGUCCCAGGCCUUUGACCAAACGGCCAAGUGAUAUCACCGCCUCGUCGCGUAAAUACGAUCAUACACUGGCGCAAUCCGAGCCAGAAGAAUACUGGGAAGAGGAUGAGGAAGAUAACUAUGACGAAGAUGGCUAUGCCACCGCCCGCUCAUACCGCUCCCGUGACAAUACUACCGGCGGCGCAACAAUGGUACUCUUCCCCAAAAUGAGCCUGCAGUCCCGUCGCGAGCUAGCUCUGGCAAAGCAGAUCAUGGAAUCCACCACCUCCGUCGAGGAGUACGACGAAGAGUGGCGGGAUACAACAAUGGUGGCUGAAUAUGGAGAAGAGAUCUUCCAAUACCUAAGGGAACUAGAGAUAAAACUCCUGCCAAAUGCUCACUACAUGGACAACCAAGCAGAGAUACAGUGGUCCAUGCGCUCUGUUCUGAUGGACUGGCUGGUCCAGGUCCACCACCGCUUCUCUCUCCUUCCCGAGACCCUUUUCCUCUGCGUCAACUACAUCGACCGGUUCUUGUCCUGCAAGAUUGUCUCGCUAGGCAAACUCCAGCUUGUUGGCGCCACCGCCAUCUUUAUCGCCGCCAAAUACGAGGAGAUAAACUGUCCCUCGGUACAAGAGAUCGUUUACAUGGUUGACAAUGGAUACACCGUCGAUGAGAUUCUCAAGGCUGAACGUUUCAUGCUCAGCAUGCUCCAGUUUGAGCUCGGAUGGCCUGGGCCAAUGAGCUUCCUCCGUCGAAUUAGCAAGGCUGAUGACUAUGACCUGGAAACCCGUACACUCGCAAAGUACUUCCUAGAACUCACUAUUAUGGAUGAGCGGUUUGUCGGCACGCCACCCAGUUUCACUGCCGCCGGUGCCCACUGUCUGGCCAGAUUGAUGUUGAGAAAGGGGGAUUGGACCCCUGCCCAUGUAUUCUAUUCAGGGUACACCUUUGGCCAGCUCUACCAGCUCAUCGGCCUCAUCCUUGAAUGCUGCGAGGCUCCACAACAGCACCAUCUAGCCAUAUACGAGAAGUACGCCGACCGGAGGUUCAAGCGUGCCUCAAUCUUCGUCGAGAAUGAGAUGCUCAAUGGCUACCGCCUCCCCGAUGUCCAUGAAGGUUCCAGCCUUUGGUCCAUGCUAGAACGCCGGGCCAGCUCCAAGCGGUUGUGA